UCGGCAUCCACGACCAAGGCUACCUCAACCAAGGCAACCUCGACCAAGGCAACGAGCUCUGCAGCAAAGGCCACGACCACUGCGGCGGCUGCAAAGACGACAUCGACCUCUGCAUCUGGCAGCAAGACGACCUCCUCCUCGGCCCCGUUGUCAACUGCCCUUGCCAUGGGCGGCUACUGGCCGGAGUGGGUCUCUGGCACUCUGCCCCCCGAGAAGAUCGACUGGACCAAGUACAGCUACAUGGCCUACGCCUUUGCCGUGCCCAACUCGGACGGCACCGUCUCUCUCUCGGACUCGAGCGGAACGAUGCUCAAGCGUCUCAUCAAGGCCGGUCACGCUGCCAAUUCGAAAAUCUUGCUCUCCAUCGGUGGUUGGGGUCAGUCAAAUGGCUUCAGCCCCUCUGCAGCCAGCGAUACGAUGAGGGCCAAGUUCGUCAAGAGCGUCCUCAGUCUCUACAACACAUACGGCAUCGACGGUAUCGAUCUCGACUGGGAGUACCCGAACAACGCCGCCGCCGGCACGUACAGCCCUCAAGAUACGGCCAACUUCCAGACUCUGCUCCAGGCCCUCCGCGCUGGACUUCCCCAGAAAGCCAUCAUCACCGCCGCCGUUGCUCAAGCCCCUUGGCUUGCAAGCAAUGGUCAGUCGGUCGCAAGUGUCGCGCGUGCUGCAGGAGCCCUUGACUACAUCAUGAUCAUGAACUACGACGUCUGGGGCUCGAGCUCCUCGCCUGGUCCCAACGCCCCCUUGGCCAACUUGUGCGGCAACUCGACCCAGCCCGGUGCGUCGGCCGCCGCCGCCGUCAAGCAGUGGGCUGCUGCUGGCAUGCCUAAGAACAAGAUGAUCCUGGGCUCCCCCUUCUACGGCUACGUCUCUACCUCGUCCAAGACGAAGCUCGUCACCCGUGACAUGGACACGGCAGCUGAUCGCCGUGCUCUGACCUCGGGCGAUGGCCAGGUCAACUUCGCCUCGCUCGUCUCUCAGGGUGUGCUCAGCCUCUCUGGCUCGGAGUUCAUUGCUGGAUCUGGCUUCACCAAGUACUGGGACGACUGCUCGGACACACCCUACCUCGCCAAUGGCAACAAGGUCAUCACCUACGACGACCCUGACUCUCUCUACGACAAGGGCGCCUUCGUCCAGCAGGCAGGGCUCGGUGGAUCGGCUGUCUGGUCGGUCGAUGGCGAUGUGGCGUCUGGCGCGCUCAUCAAGGCUCUCCGCAAAGGCAUGGGCAUGUCGUAACGCGAUUAAAUCGCAGACAACAGCAAUCCAAGGACAGGAACGGAUCAGUCCAUGUGCUCCCGUCGUCAUCUCAUCUAUAUCUCCCCUCAUCUCCCUCGUAGCAUUUCGUUAGACUGUAAAUGUCAGCCUCGUAUUCGCUACAGACGUCUGCACUUGCUUGCGUGUAUGAUGUGUGCAUCUCCUCCUGUUUCUCGUCUCAACCUAGCCAUCGCGAUGCCGCGUCAAAGCUUCGCCACCCUCCCUGCACCCUUGCUCGUCGAGCCCUCGCCGCUCCCUCGCCCCUUUGCAUCUAGCGAAGCCAUAUGAAUCCAAUUUGCCAGAAACCCCUCAAUUGCAUCGAACUCCCCCGCGAAACGCUCAUCGUCCCUCCCCACAAGCAUGUCGAAGCCAUGUCUCGCCCUUCUGUCCAGCACGACACGCUGCAAAAAGCGCCGUGUGGGAUCGAAGAGCUCUCCGCCGUGCUUUGCGGUCGAAUUGGCAUUCGCCGUGGCAAUAGGC